AAAACGUGUAGCUAGUAAACAGACUUACAUGCUAACAAGGGGGAUCUCCAACUAAUGUACAUUUUUACGAUCUUGCGGUGCUGGUGAAUUUCCUUCCCGACACCCAAACAGCCUCGACGCGCGACGUUAAAGCAUUCUUAGAACCCAGAACUUUCGCUGAAAAGAUGCUAGGGCAACAUGCAAAGCAGAGGCUUAGUCGGCCAGGACAGCAACAAUGUAUCUGUGGAACGUUACAAGGACGGCGUCCAAGAUGCAGCUGGAGCAGAUCCUAUCGAAAAUCUGGACGGGCCAGCGUUGUAGCAGUUCGAGCUUCGGUAGAUAUUGAGGAAGAGGACCUGUUGCAGGUGAAGGACCGCCACAAGUGGUACGAACCCAAGUUCUGUGCCGAGGACCAGCCGGACUGGAACAUUGGCAGCUUCGUCAGCAGCCAGCAGGUUUCCCCCGAGUAUCGUUUGGUGACGGUGGAGGCGGAGGUGAGUCGCGAGCGCAUCCCGCUGCGGUCGGCCUACAAGGCGGCGGGGCAGCGCGCGUGCGUGCGCGUGAACAACGGAGUGGAGCGGCACUGCACGGUCGCCUCGCCGCCCUUCCCGGAGACCGUGAACGAGUUGCCGCUGUUCAAGGUUCGUGGUGACUUGUUCGCUCAUGAAAUCAAGCUACCCCGGGAGCCCAUCAGCGUCAAGGCCGAGUUGACGCUGCUGGUUACGCGCAAGGAGGCUCCCGAGCUGUACGGCAUGGGCCCCGAUGACGUGGUUGAGGUGGGCCCCUUCGGCGGCGAGGGGCUGGACCUGCGGGGCUCGCCGCUCAUGGCCAUCUACCAGUGCCCCACGAUCGUCAUCUUCGUGUCAGGCCGCGGUAUCGCCACCCUGCGGGCGCUGCUGGAGUCCUCCCCGGACGUGGCCAACCUCAACCUGGCCUUCAGGAGGGACGUGCGGGUGUACUACAAGGUUCCCAACUCCGCCAGCAUAGUGUUCGGUGACCGGUUCGAGGAGUGGGAGGCGCUGGGGCCUGUCAGGGUGCUCACCACCACCGUGUCAUUCCAGGACGCGUUCGACGACGACCAGAGCCUCACCUACGACCCGGACACCACCGGAGCACUCAUACUGGUGGGCGGUGACGAGGAGGCUGAGAAGGCGGCUCGCGAGGUGUGUCGCGACGCGGAGAUCACCCGAGUGCUGGCGGACUCGGCGCAGCCCGCCCCCGUGCAGUUCCUGUCCGCCAACCCCUUUGUGGACAUUGAGAGCGGCGGGCGGCGGUUCAACCGCAGCGUGAGCUCGAUAAAGGGG